AUGAAAUUGCUGAUUUUCCUGACGAUUUGUGUUACCGUAUCAUCACAUGAGGCAUUACCCUAUGAGGCACAGAGUGUUGAAGGAGACUUCUCAGAAAAAAACGGUUACCCUCAACCACAACCGCCAUGUUUAACUUGUCUUCCUGGACAUCCAUCCAUGCCAGGACAAGCAAAUCCUAGAUUACCGUCUUUACCUCGUCCUUAUCCAAGUAACCCGGCUGGGCCAGCAAAUGCUGGCGUACCACCUAUGCCGCCUGGUAUCCCAGGAAACCCAGGUAUUCAAAGUAAUCCAGAGCCGCAGACGUACUCUGUGCCAGAAAUGAAUCAAACGGUAUACCAGCCACAACUUGAGCAUAUCCCUUCUCAACCAGUGCCAGGGUCCCAAGGUAACCGACGGCCGGACACGUACUCUGUGCCAGAAAUGCCUCUACUGCCAUACCAGCCACAACUUGAGAUAAUCCCUUCCCUACCAGUGCCAGUGUACCCAGCACAUCCGUACUACCCAAUGCCAGUUCUAGCUCCAGCUCAACCACAAAACCCUCAAAACCCACAAAACCCACUAAACCAGGCCCCGAAUCUACCGGCGCCUGAGCCAUAUCAAGGGGGAUCAUUUCAACAAGGCCAGUAUUCAGGAUCUGGGCCAUCUUACCCGGAAUACAAUCCAUCCUAUGGAUAUCCUACAAAUACAAGUGAUUUCCGAAAAUUGAGAACCCUUCACGGAAACAAAAUUAUCAAGGCCAAGUUAAGAUAUUUUAAAAACGACAAUAUCAACUUUGUGGUCAUUAGCUGUCCAAAGAAUCCAACACCUGGAGCUUACACCUGGAUUCUGGCCGACUCCAAACAUACAUCCCCGUCAUUUGGAGUUCCUCAAACGGUUGCUCUUGCUGGAGGAAUCAACAUCGAGUUUAUCGCAAAAUUUGGUGAACAUGGUAAAUGGGAAGGAAAGGAUUUGUCAGAAGACGAGAAGCACCGGUUCCGUAGAGUCGGAUGUAUUCAUGGAGCAACUCAAUCUUUCGUAAAACUCUAA